CAAACCAAAGUGUUUGUGGAUCUGUGUGUCGAACAAGUAAAGGAAGGACGUAGGCCUGGUUCGCACUUCACCAAAGAAGGUUGGUAGAAGAUAGUUAUUGGCUUUUUCGAUAAAACAGGGAAGCGAUAUGAUCAACCACAAUUCAAGAACAAGUGGGACAAUCUGAAGAAGGAGUACAAAUUGUGGAAGAAACUGCGUAUGCAUGACACUGGGACUGGAUGGGAUUGUGUUCGGAACACAAUUCUUGCUGACAAUGACUGGUGGGAGAAAAGAAUUCAGGAAGACAAAAAAGUUGCAAAGUUUCGAAUCCAAGGUCCAGAAAACCUUGACCAGUUGGAGGAACUAUUUGAUGGGAUGAUGGCUACUGGUGAAUUUGCAAUGUUUGCAGGUGCAUCUAAACAACAUGCUGGCAGCACUAAUGAAAAACUGCCAAGGACCAACACCGGCGACAAUAUGGAUGCUAUCCAUCUCGGCUUUGAUGGUUCCAGUGAUCUAGAGUUUGACAUAAACAUUGAGCAAAGUAAUGAAAUAACUAGCUCCCCCACUCUGUCACUUCGUCAAGGUAGGAGGAGAUCAGGCACAUCAGGGACCCGUGAGAAAAAGAAGCGUAGGGCAUUCGCUUCUGAUUAUCGCGAAGACAUUAGCAAGUCCUUGGGCAAUCUUGUCUCCACUGUGAGCAGCCGGGCAAAUGCAGUUGCCAGUGCCCCUAUUUCAUCAGCAAAAGCUGAAAUCGCGGAAUGUUUAAGAAUUUUGGAGGAAAUUCCAGAGACUGUCGAGAUGGGAGAUUUGCUCUUGUUUGCCCUCAAGCUGUUUCAGAACAAAGAUCAUCGUGAGUACUUCACUGCCAUGUUACGCAGGGAUUGGCAACUUGCGUGGUUGAAGAUGAUGUACGCGGAAGCAAAUGGGGGUGGGGCAGGAGGCAGCACCUGA